CAACUCACGCGCACAUGACGCCCAGGUCCCCACCCCAUUCGACGCCGAGGUCGCGCGAGCAACGGUCAGGCUCAUCGCCCGACGGCGAGGGAGGUGACGGAUCCGGGCGGCCAGACAAGAAGCGGCGGCUGGAAUCGAACCGCACAUCGCAGGCAUGCACACGCUGCCGCAGCCUCAAGAUGCGGUGUAUCGGGGCGCUCGACCCGCCGUGCCGACGGUGCCGGCGCACCGGCGCGACAUGCGAGUUUGUCGCGCGCCGCAACGCCGCGGUGCCGCUCUCACCGGGCCCGUACCCAUCGCACACGUGCACCGAGCUGUGGCGCAACGACGUGACGGAGCGGCUCAAGGCACUCGAGACGACGAACGCAAGGCUCGAGGGGCUGCUGGCGCGAAUGGAGAGGGGAGAUAGCCGCGCGGCCGGCCCAUCUACGUCGAGGACACAUAUCCCGACCCCGCAGAGCGACCCGCCAGGAUCUCUUGGGCUCAUCAUGCCCCCCGGCCCCGUGCCGCCCGAGUUUCGCGGCGUGUGGGACGCGCUCGACAGGCUCAAGCAGGAGCUGCCCGCGUCGCUGGCGGGCAGCGACGCCUGGGCCCUCCCUGCCGUGUGCCAGCUGUACGACUCAUUCCGGAAACACAUGCCCGGGCUGCACUUUCUCAGCGAGAGCCAGGUGUCAUUCACGGCGCCGUCACCGCUGCUGUCGGUCGCGAUCCUGUACGUUGCAGCGGCGCACUUCCCGUCGGCCGACCUCGCGCACCACCAGCCAGUGUAUUUCGAGGCGUUCACCCGCGCGGUUGGGACACUGUCGAUUCCCGGCUCGGCAAUCGUCGGCGCGCUCAAGGACGAGGGCAACGGCGCUGUGAGCGGCAAGUUUGACGACGUGCUCGGCAUCAUCUUGUGUGGGCUGCUCGCCAUCGGCUGGGUGGAUACAGUCGGGCUGUGGGUUAAUGCUGCCUACCGCUUGUUGCUAGACGGCAUGGCUGAGGAGCGUGGGCGACGGCAGGCAGAGUGGCGCGGGCUGUGGGAGGGUUUACGGACCAUCGAGCUCGAGCAUUCGUCUCUGCAUCUCAAGUGCCCGUCGCUUCCGUUCGCCCCACCCGACCCGCCGUUCGUGCCCCAGUCGGCGCCGGCGAUCCCCACCAGCGCAGCGAGCAGCAUCGGCGAGCUUCUGGCCAUCAUGCAGCACCGCAUGCCGCACUUUGUUGGCCGCGGCAUCCCGACCGUGUGGGAGACGGUGUCGUCGCCCAUCCCGACGGCCGCGCCGUCAAUCACAGCUGACCCGGACGAUAUGGCGGCCAUCCGCGCGUGGGCAGUAGAGAUUGACACCUGGUAUUCCAGAGUGGCAGUCACAACCACAAACUCGAGCAUGUAUGUCCGCAGCAUCACGCUGCUCAACUACCACCUGCACAAGCUGCUCGUCCUCUCCAUCUUCUUUCCGUUGCGGGGGCUAAACGCGACGGCCGCCUCGGACCGGGAGGAGCUGCUCGACUCGGCGAGGGUCGUGCUCAAGAUUGAGGCCACAGGCUUCGAGGUGUGGAGCAGCUGGGACUUGACGAUUAUCACGCAGGCGUCGUUGAUCCUGCUGCAGGCGUGGUCGUCGGGCUCGGCGACCGAUGAUGACCUCAAUCUCAUCCAGAACCACCUGCAAUGCCUGUCGUGCACGCAGCAGUCUGCCCCGAGCCUGCGGCACACGCUGGCAGCGCGGCUCGAGUCAGCGCUGCAGGAGGUCCGCACGCCGACGCAGCGCAACCUCGCGACGCUGCCGACCGUGUCGCCGUCGCAGAGCUUUAGCGGGCCGUCGGGGCCACCAGCAGCGGGCGGCGAGCCCACUGUCCUCGACACGGCCAACACCCUCUCGCUGCUCUCGCAGACAGCGCUGUCAUCCGGCUCGUUCUCCCCCCGCGGCGGCUUCCUGUUCAUGGACCAGGCGCCGACGCUCGGCAUCUUGCAGGACCUGCCCAUAUUCGACGACAUGGCUGACCCGGCAACGCUCGCCGAGUGGCCUCCGUACCUUCUGAACAUAUUCGGUGACGGCGCAGACGACGGCCAGGCGGCGUAG